AUGGUCUUCUUCAGACGGACGAUGCUGCUUCGUUACCUGCUGCUGUCGGCCAUAUUGGCUCUGCUCUUCUUCAUCAGCUCCUUCUGGCUACCUCAGGCUGGAGUGUCAGACUGUGGCACCGCCUGGCAGCCAUGUUUGAGUUUUUACCGCCAAACGCCGGAACCUCCAUUGGUGCCUGAGGGGUGGGUGGAGCCUAAUGGACCCCCGCCCCUCAUAAAGGAGUGUCCUGGCCAGUCGUUUCAGGCCUGGCGUCUGCUGCAAUAUUUAAAGUCCAGCCUGUCAGAAGAUGACGAUAUCCUGCUGGAGCCGUACCUGCAGAGCUGGGAUCAGCUCCUCAGGUUCAUGGAGUCGCUCGGGACGAUGGUCAGUUUCUUCUCUCUGAAGGUGAACGAAAAGGUUGUAGUGAUACGAGAUCUGUCACUGAAACACAGUGCAGAGGCUCAUGGGGAACAUGGUCCAGCUGACCACACUGGACUACAAACCCCAGCAUCAUUCGGACUCAAGAACGGGGCAUAUCGUUCGGUUCGAUCCAUGGUGGAGGCCGAGCUAAAAGCGGGCGUGGUCGACUUCUCCCGUCGCACAGAUUCGGGCUGCAGGACGCUGCUGAGGCUCCAUCGAUCGCUUCUGUGGUUGAAGCUGAUGCUGGAGGGUUUGGCUGAAGGACCGGAUGCAGACGGACAAUACAAAACACCCGGUGAGCUGAGCAGGGACGCCUACAAGGUGGCGUUGGCCCCCCACCACCACUGGGUGCUCCGUCAGGCCGCCGAGUUCGUCUUCCUUGCCCUCCCGGACAGACAGUACUUCCUGCAGCUGGUGUGUGUCCAGAGCCAGCGCGAGGCUGCGCCCGUCCUGCGCGUCAUCAUCCGCGCCCUGACGCUGGUGCACACGCGAACCCAGCAAAUACUGGCCGAACACAACAUGCUGGAGCUGCCCUGACCGCCAGACCUCAGCACCCUGAAGAUUCAAAAUGCUCCCCGCACACUCCGCAAACACGCUGCGGUUCAUCCACGUGACUCCAUGCGUGUUUGAUCAAGCUGCCCCGUACCCUGUACCA